GUGUCUGUCUCUACCCUACCGCCUGUGAGUGAGGUGUCUGUCUCUACCCUCCCGCCUGGUGAGUGAGGUGUCUGUCUCCAUCCUACCGCCUGUGAGUGAGGUGUCUGUCUCUACCCUCCCGCCUGGUGAGUGAGGUGUCUGUCUCUACCCUACCACCUGGUGAGUGAGGUGUCUGUCUCUACCCUACCGCCUGGUGAGUGAGGUGUCUGUCUCUACCCUACCGCCUGGUGAGUGAGGUGUCUGUCUCUACCCUACCGCCUGGUGAGUGAGGUGUCUGUCUCUACCCUACCGUCUGGUGAGUGAGGUGUCUGUCUCUACCCUACCGUCUGGUGAGUGAGGUGUCUGUCUCUACCCUACCGUCUGGUGAGUGAGGUGUCUGUCUCUACCCUACCGUCUGGUGAGUGAGGUGUCUGUCUCUACCCUACCGUCUGGUGAGUGAGGUGUCUGUCUCUACCCUACCGCCUGGUGAGUGAGGUGUCUGUCUCUACCCUACCGCCUGUGAGUGAGGUGUCUGUCUCUACCCUACCACCUGGUGAGUGAGGUGUCUGUCUCUAUCCUACCGCCUGGUGAGUGAGGUGUCUGUCUCUACCCUACCGCCUGGUGAGUGAGGUGUCUGUCUCUACCCUACCUCCUGGUGAGUGAGGUGUCUGUCUCUACCCUACCGCCUGGUGAGUGAGGUGUCUGUCUCUACCCUACCGCCUGGUGAGUGAGGUGUCUGUCUCUACCCUACCGCCUGGUGAGUGAGGUGUCUGUCUCUAUCCUACCGCCUGUGAGUGAGGUGUCUGUCUCUACCCUACCGCCCGGUGAGUGAGGUGUCUGUCUCUACCCUACCUCCUGGUGAGUGAGGUGUCUGUCUCUUUCCUACCACCUGGUGAGAGAGGUGUCUGUCUCUACCCUACCACCUGGUGAGUGAGGUGUCUGUCUCUACCCUAUCACCUGGUGAGUGAGGUGUCUGUCUCUACCCAACCACCUGGUGAGUGAGGUGUCUGUCUCUACCCUACCACCUGGUGAGUGAGGUGUCUGUCUCUACCCUACCACCUGGUGAGUGAGGUGUCUGUCUCUACCCUAUCACCUGGUGAGUGAGGUGUCUUUCUCUAUCCUACCACCUGGUGAGUGAGGUGUCUGUCUCUACCCUACCACCUGGUGAGUGAGGUGUCUGUCUCUACCCUACCACCUGGUGAGUGAGGUGUCUGUCUCUACCCUAUCACCUGGUGAGUGAGGUGUCUUUCUCUAUCCUACCACCUGGUGAGUGAGGUGUCUGUCUCUACCCAACCACCUGGUGAGUGAGGUGUCUGUCUCUACCCUACCACCUGGUGAGUGAGGUGUCUGUCUCUACCCUACCUCCUGGUGACUAAGGUCUUCAAUGUGCAACAGAAACAUCACUAAACAAUGUUAGGCCAGGGAUGACCAGGGGUGUCCAGUGUUAACUAAACAUUGUGUGUGAGUUAUCUUGAUGUUGUGUGUAUCCUCUGUGCUAGACUGUAGGGAAGAGACGUACCCCUGCACCAGGAUGUACUCUGUCCACCGGCCCAUCAAGAGAUGCAUCCACUCCCUCUGCCUUUACAGCCUCCCUCGUGUCUAUGUGAUCAACAAGGAGAUAUGUGUUAGAACUGUCUGCCAACAGGAUGAGUACCUGAAGGCUGAGCUCUGCAGGGAGCGGUCCGGCUGGCCCAAACGCUUCCAGAGGUCAACCACCAAUAAGAAACGCUGUCGCAAUCGCCAUAGCAACCCCAAAACCUGGGAAAACAAGGCCUGAUGGGCCCAAGAUGGCGGAGAUGGAAGGAGGGGCGGAGGAAGAAGGGAGGAAGGAGAGGAGAGAAGGAGUAGGAGGGAGGACUCCCUUGGAGACAGAACACUGGGUUGUCUCCAUAAAAACAUCAUAAAUCCACCGCUCAACACCUGGUGCUAGCCAGCCACACACACACACAACCAGACACACACAAACAAACAACAUAUAUAUAACACAGUCCAUGUAACUCCAGUUAUGAACAGUCUGAGUCAUAUUUCUCAGUUCUGCUAUUAGCCCUGUGUUUUAAUAUAACUGUAUGUGAAUAUCAGGGGAGAAAUCACUCCCCACAGAUUGGAUUGUGUUUUAUUUGACACGGAUCAUGUUCUGUGCCGUUGCGGGCUGUAUAAUACUGUUCAGAUGGAACGCUGUUGAGUUCCUGUAGUUGUGUACUGUAGAGACAGUCUGAGAACAAUGUAUCCACUCUGUCAUUACUGACACCUUAUUGUAAAGCACCCUAUCACAAUCCAAUACCAAAGCAGUGCAAUACUACAAAGCAGUGCAAUACUACCCAAUAAAAUGUCAUUCAUU